AUCGGAAGGCCACCGGCGUGUAGUUAGUGAGGAACGUGAGCGGGAUGAAACUGGAUAGUAGUUCCUGAAAAGCGAGUACUGUCGUCGGAGUGGUGCCCCGCAUUGAAUAAACACUCGGCUACUGGAUUCAUUUAAACGCACUGUUGCAUCUUGUUUGAGGUCUCUUUUGUAGAUGCAUCUUAAACAGCCAUUAGACGAGUCCAACUGGUUUUCGGCAACCAUGACUACUUCAUCCGAAGAUGUGCCAUUCAACGUGAGCCUAAACGAGGGGGACGAAAAUGGCACUGCUCCCUUCAACUUGGUGUUCCCAACACCAACAACCAAUGUGGCUUACAUGGUUGUUCUCUUUGUUGAAUUGAUCAUUGGCGUCCCAGCCAAUGCCAGCCUGAUCUUCUUAGUGGCCCGAGUUCGAGAGCUUCGGACAGCACCCAACCUGCUCCUCGCGAACCUGGCCGUUGGGGAUCUGAUCUUCCUGGUUGCCAGCAUCCCUGUGACUAUCUCAAUGGAGCUCAACACCUACAAGUCAUCCAUGAUGUUCUGCAGAUUCCAACAUGGUGUGUACUAUGUGUCCUUUGCCGUAUCAGCACUGAGCCUGACAGUAAUAAGCUUGGAGAGAUACGGCGCGAUCGUCAAGCCAUUUACGCUCAAGAGCGUUCGAGAGAGUGGAAGCACAGCCAUAAUUUGCGUCGUGAUCUGGGUGAUAUCCAUCUUAUUAUUUGGCGUCUAUCCGAUGUAUGUUGCGAUACCAGGAUUCUUCGGCAACACUUGCACGAUGCCGUAUCUUCGUAGAGACUUCCAGACGUAUUUUGUCUUGCAACUUGUUUUACUCUACCUAGUGCCGGUAUUCUGCAUGACGACGUUCUACGCGUUCUGCACCCGCGAGCUCCUGCGAAAGCGCCGGAUCUUGGGGCAAAGGACGGCGGCACGAGCGAACAGCGACCGAUCGCGGUCCCGCGUGGCAUUCAACCUCAUGUUGAUCACAUUUCUCUUCACUGUGUGCUGGUUGCCGAACUAUGUUUACUAUCUGUGGUUCAUGUUCGUGAGGGAUAUUGCUUCAUUUAGAUCGCCUGUUUUUAAACACCUGAAGAAGGUUAGGUCUGUGUUCUACUACAUUGCAUCGUGCAUAAACCCCAUGGUACUCUACGCCAUGAGCACUUCCUUUAGACAUCACCUGAUCGCGACGAUGACUUGUGCCGAAAAGAAGGGUGUGAGAAUGCGAAAUGGCUACAACACUCGCGACACACAACGCUCUGUCACGUUGAAAAGCACAAUCAGAAUGCCGGAGCAAUCAACAAGGCUGGCAUUCCUGCAGAUGUAUGAACUAAAGCCAUGACGUGCGAUAAUCAUAUUGGAGAAGCGAAAGUGCAUCAAGGAUUAAUUACUUCAUGAUCUGCUUUUUGUGCUAUGGUAUGAAAGUUCUGCGUAUGUUCCUCCAUUUGUCCUCUUCGUGGUGGAACAAUUCGAUUUAUGUAGCAGCUGAAAGCAUCUAUACAAGCAUGUGAGAUAUUUUUGUAUUCUCUGUUUAAUAGCAGCUUUAACCAUUCUGUGGAAAGGUAUAAUUCUUCAUUGGACUGUUGAAUAGGCAUGUGCCCCGAGCACCUGUCAUGGAGAAUCGCUGCAAGACAAUCGAACGUGUGCCUGACCUUCACAAAUCAGCUCGAAAUCACAACAAAAAAACAUAAAUAAAAUAAUAAGUCUUGUUAAUAAUUGUAGGAAAACAUUAGUUUUCACAUAUUUUCGAUAGAAUAUAUUUCAAAGCAUCUGUCUAUUUUUCUUGUGAGACGAUGUGUACAGUUAUAAACUGUCAUGGUAUUGGCUGCAGGAUUUGAGGAAAUGUUUAAACUGGUUUAAUGUAAACCCUGUUCAAUACUGGUACCUGCCGGAUAUCUGAGAGGCGAAUGCUUUCCUUCAAGAAAGACCAUUUCUCGAAGGAAAUCAUCGAAACUUCAUGAUUGUUUCUACCGCGUUUAUGUCUUAACGAGACUGAUGGAUUCGACGAUCCUGACAUUAACACUGAAGGAUCAAUCGCCUUAAAAUGUCCAACUCCCCACAGUUACUUUGAUAUGUUGCUUUUCAUGCUGUAUUAUUCUGGCAAUUUGGAAAGUGGACUCAACGUUUAAUAGCAUAUCAGCCGCGUUUUCGUGGAAAUCGACAAUCAGUAAUUGCUACAAGAACAGUGAAGACAAUCGAUCACCGGUGAAAGCCCAAUAUUUGAAAAACUUUAGUAUACAUAAUUAAUGUUACAUAGUUUACCACUCGGGAUGUUACCUUUCCUUGUGAAAAAAUACAUUCUCUAAACAUAGUUUUGUAUUUGUAUUUAUUAGAUAACUUUAUUCAUAUGGUACAUGAAUAUUUUGUUUUUAAAAACAUAAGCAUUAUUACAAAUAUUGAAAUAUUUGUUAUAAAUAUUUAUGAGUUUCAAUCAGCAUAAAUGUUAUCAAGUAUCUCGGAUUGUCAUUAGACGUUUGAUCAUUUUUUUGUUACUAAAGUAAAUACACACCUUGCAUGCUUGACGCACAACAAACACGACUGCUAAUCAAGUUGACUGUUUUGAGUGACUUUAAUGAUAAUGAUUGAUUUUAACGUGUGAAAACCCGACAGGCAAUUAGUAUUUUUUUAUAUUAAGCUACUGUUAAUGUUAUUUAUAUCAAUAACAGUUAUUAACAUGACCUAUGAAUUAAAGAAGACAGUGAAAUCAGCGAUAAACACUCAGUGACUCAUAAUAAUGAUUUUCGAAAAGAAAUAUUUCAGAAUCAAAGCCAUACUCAGUCUCAUCCAAUUAUCUAUAUAAAUUUAUAUAAAAUGUAUAGAAUUAUGAGUUUAUUUUGCUA